UUCACAAUUGAUACUGUAAGUAUAGCUGUUAAUUAAUAAGAAAAUAGAAAAAAGACGAACUUUAACUCAAUAACUAAUUAUUAACUUCGUUGAUCGGUUGCCAAUGUAAAUCUUGUUCUUAUGUUUCAGACUACUGGAUUAAUCACCUUGAAAAAUCUAUUAGACUUUGAAAAUGUUAAACAAUAUAUCAUCACUGUGCGAGCAUCAGACAAAGGAACACCUAGUUUAGAUACAACUGGGAAUGAUGCUACUGUUACCAUCAACGUUAUUGAUGUCAAUGAAAAACCUGUAUUUGAUCCAAAAGAAUACUCAAGUGUAAUUCCAGAAUUAACCACUGUCUUAAGUGAAGUAGUUACUGUUACAGCUACUGACCCUGAUAAUGGAGACGCUGGCAUGAUCGUAUACUCUAUUAUAUCUGGAGACGACAAUGGAGAUUUUAGUGUUGAUGAAGUAAGUUAUUUUCCUGACACCAAUUGGAAUAGAAACAUACUUCUUGAUAAUUUUCACACUUUUAAUGUGAAGAUGUAUAAUUGAUUUUGUUACAUUGUU